AGCUGUAGAAAUGAAAUGAAAUGUAGUUCAUUUGCAAACUGUGACCCACUCAUCUGUUCUCCUGCACAUCGGCUCGCGCACCAUGGCAUGUAACUUUCCCGCUCCUAUGGCACUCAGUGGUCAUUGCCUGGUGUGUUUAAUUAUUCCGUGACACCUAUGGAAUAUGAGAGUCCAUAGCAACCCAGGGAGCUGUUCAAACCCGAAAACCGAACGCCCGACCCCUAAAAGGGCCACAGCGACUGGUGUGGAGGACUCUCCUUUAGCACCCUCUAUGCAGAUGAACAGCGAUGGCCACAGAAUCCCACCCACCUGAACAGUACGAACACACAGUGGAACACGAUUCAGUCGAUGACGUGGUAAACAUGGAGCAUGUACUGAACUCACUGGAGAGGGUCAUUCUCACCAUCUUCCUCUCCAUCAUCAUCAUCAUGACUGUUCUGGGAAACCUGCUGGUGAUGGUGGCGCUCUGCAAGGACAGACAUCUUCGGAAAAAGAAGACCAACUACUUCAUAGUGUCAUUGGCAUUUGCAGACCUCCUGGUUGCUGUGGUUGUCAUGCCAUUUGCAGCCAUUGAGCUGACCACAGGUCAGUGGAGGUAUGGGGAGAUCUUCUGUCUGGUCAGGACCUCGUUGGAUGUGUUUCUGACCACUGCAUCUAUCCUACACCUGUGCUGCAUAGCACUAGACAGGUACUAUGCGAUCUGCUGCCAGCCGCUGGUGUACAGGACUAAGAUGACUCCCGUCAGAGUGGCCCUAAUGCUGGGGGGAUGCUGGGUCAUCGCCUCCUUCAUCUCCUUCCUUCCCAUCAUGCAAAGCUGGCAUGCCAUCGGCAUAGAGGACAUUAUUGAGGAGAGGAAGUUCAGCAGCAGCAGCAGCAGCAACAAGACCAACUGUGUAUUCGUGGUGAACCGUCCGCAUGCUCUCAUCUGCUCCGCCGUGGCCUUCUACGUUCCCCUGGGCCUCAUGGUGCUGGCCUACCAGCGCAUCUACAUCACCGCCAUGGGCCACGCGCGGCAGAUCGGCACGCUGCAGCGGGCAGGCUCCGCCCACUACUCGGCGCCCCCCCAUCACUACCUCAGCUCCGAGCAGCAGGGCUCCAGUCGCAUGCGCAUAGAGACCAAAGCUGCCAAGACCCUGGCUGUCAUCAUGGGCUGCUUCUGUCUCUGCUGGGCCCCAUUCUUCAUUACCAACGUGGUGGACCCCUUCAUCCACUACAGUGUGCCCUGGCAGAUGUGGACCGCCUGGCUGUGGCUUGGCUAUAUUAACUCUGGCCUUAACCCCUUUCUCUACGCCUUCCUGAACAGGGCCUUCAGACGGGCUUUCCUCAUGGUACUGUGUUGUGGUGGUGAGAGAUACGUACGCCAGGGGAGCUACGGCCCCACCAGACGCUACUCUGGAUCUGUCAAUGGGAACUCCGUCGCACUUAGAUCACGGUUGUCGUGGCCUGUUCCUGAGGAAGCCGUAUAUCCUCCGCCUCGGGCUCAUCAGAGUCGUGAAAGAAGAAUAAGGAUUCUGCUAGUCUGUGAUUAUCCUUCCUUCCCAACCGAAGCCACAGUGAACAGCAGAAAGAUUUUAUCCAAUGAGGUAGGAUCUCAAGACUCCAUGGAUGGACUAUAGCCCAGAGAAAUAAUGGUGUUAACCUGCUUGUCUCACACAAGCCGAACAAGUGAAAUACAGUAGGUAUUAAUGGGGAGGUAUGGUCACGACAUUGAGAUUCUGAGCUGAAGGACUUGAGAGGACUGCAGUCUGAUUAUCGAAUUAGCAGAUCAAGGUUUAUGGAAUUUGAUACAAAAAAAAAGCACUGUCCAAGUGAAGACUCAGACAAUGAAGAUACAGGAAGAGAUCAAGUGUGUCUGUGGAAUGACUCAGCAUUGUGCCAAGAUUGUUUGUGAUUGAUGUUCUAAGAGUCCCUAUGAAGUUAAAAGCUAUUGUACAUGUAAUCAGUUGGCCAAGCAGUUUUGUGGACUGGGGUCUCUCCCAUUCCUGCUAGUGACCUGUGUUUUAAGGACAACUACGUUUAAAUAUGUCAAUCAACUUAGCAUUACAUUAUCUUUUGACAAAUAUUUCAUAUAUAUAUAUAUGUGUAUGUUUUGCAUAGUUGGGAUGUAACUAUCAUGUAAUUUGGCAACUAAAAAUGUGCUUCUGAAUGUCUAAACAAAUUCUUUCCCACUGGAUCAGGGUAUUAUUCAAACUCGUUGCAGUCAGUUUAAUCUAGCCUUAGAUUUCUAAUCAUGCAGCCUAGACAACGUGAUGGGCUUCAAUGGAGACAGUUGAAUAGCAAACAGCUUUAAUUGUGUAAUACUGUGUUGCCUUGAAAGCAUUUAAACGUUCUUGACCAUCAUGCCAUUGUUUGAGUGAGGCAAUUAUACAGCCAAAAAUCCUCUUCUCCAUGUUCAUAAAUGACUAACUUGAUUAUCCAUGACAAUUACAUGGUUUCUACAAUCCCACUUGUCGGUCAACGGUAAAGGAGUGUUUUGGCUCAAGGUCAAUGAAACAAUCCAGGAUUGAUGGAGCAGAAGAGGAAUAUCAUUCAUUCUCUAUAACCAUUUAUACUUACAGGGUCUGAAUCAAUCUUAGGGAAUGUUGGUUUAGAGCCAAAGUCCUAUCACGAAUAAAGCCAAACUCUCCCAUGCCAUCAUUUCAUGUGUAGAUAAAAGUUCAAACACUGCCAUGUAGCUCAGUUGAUAGAGCAUGGUGCUUGAGUUCAAAUCCAGUGCAGGACCAGUAUGAAAAAUGCAUGCACUACUGUAAUUAAAAGACCGGUGACAUAUUUAUUAAUAGGUAUACAAGAAACAGUAAAAUUCACAUGUUGACACAAGGACAAAACACAUUGCCAAGACAGUGUGUGUGCAGAAUAAACAAAUGAGAAGUAGCAUUACAAGAAAGCAAUAUUUACAAACAGAAAUAUUUAUAAAAAUUAAAAAAAAUAAAAAAAAGA